AUUCAGAGAGCCCCCCCGCGCUCUCCGCCGUUCUUCCGCUUGCCUUCCUUCCUACGCCGAGCCGCUGACUCAGGGCAGAGGCGCGGACGGCGUUUCCGCUCGCCGGAGGAGGUCCGGGAAAGCCGGAAUCUUCCCCCCCCCCCCGGGUCGGAUCUCGGGUCGGGUCGCCCCGCCGCCGGGCCCCACAUGAGCUCCUUCUUCGAUCGGGACGGCGGGCCGAGCGCCCCGCAUUUCCUCGUCGCCGGCUGCUUCGCGCUCGGCUUCGUCGCCGCCAGGUCCUUCCUUGACCGGUUCGUCUUCCGUAGGCUUGCGAUCUCGUUGCUUCAUCUUGGAUCUGGGCAGUUGAAAAUCAAUGAGGCGGUCCAGGCGAAAAUUGUAAAAUGUUCAGAAUCUAUGUGGAAGUUGACAUACUACGCCGCUGUUGAAUAUUGCGUUCUCAAGAUCACUUAUCACGAGCCAUGGUUCUGGGACACAUCAGAGUAUUUUGAAGGUUGGCCUAACCAGCAGUUGAAGCUUCCUCUAAAGCUUAUCUACGUAUGCCAAUGCGGAUUCUACCUUUACAGUAUUGCUGCUCUUGUUACCUGGGAAACUCGAAGGAAGGACUUUGCUGUCAUGAUGUCCCAUCAUGUAAUCACGGUCUUCUUGAUUGGCUACUCAUACUUGACUAGUUUCUUUCGAGUUGGCGCAAUUGUCCUGGCACUUCAUGAUGCGAGCGACGUGUUCUUAGAAGCUGCCAAAGUUUUCAAGUACUCUGAACAUGAGCUUGGAGCGAGCGUUUUCUUCGGAUUAUUCGCCCUUUCAUGGCUCAUGCUACGUCUAAUAUACUUCCCAUUCUGGGUCAUUAGAACAACAGGUACCACUCUCUGUGAUUACUUACCAAUGGAGGAAGCUUAUGCCACACCGCUUUAUUACAUAUUCAACUCAAUGUUGCUGAUGCUGCUCAUCUUCCACAUUUAUUGGUGGGUCCUAAUAUGCUCUAUGAUCAGAAGGCAGCUAAAGAACCGAGGAAAAGUGGGCGAAGAUAUACGAUCCGAUUCAGAGGAUGAUGAUUAGAUAGCAGAUUGUGUCAAGCCAAUUCAGUUCGACAAGCUUAUUUGUAGAUGCAGAGGUUGAGAAUGGACCUUCGGUGAGGAACUCAUUUUGAAGUACAUACACAGUCCAACUAAGGACACUUUUCAUGAGUUCUUGUGUAUAAAAUGAAAAACAGGCAUUGUGUAAGUUUCCCUUUUGGCUCCAUGGAUAAAACUUCAGUUUAUUUCUUUUUGGAAUUAACGGCAUAUAAUGCCACAAUCAACAUACCAUUACGAAAUAAAAUAAUCAUUGUUGAAGUGGCUACAAUUUAGUUCUGAGGUUUUCUUGGAGCAUGUAAGAGGUGACAAAGAAAACUGUCAAAACUUUCGCCA